GUUGCAAUGACUGGUGAUGGAGUAAAUGAUGCACCUGCACUAAAGAAAGCUGACAUAGGAAUUGCCAUGGGAUCAGGCACAGCAGUUGCCAAGAGUGCUUCAGAUAUGGUUUUGGCAGAUGACAAUUUUGCUACAAUUGUUGCGGCUGUUGCAGAGGGAAGAGCAAUAUACAAUAACACAAAGCAGUUUAUCCGAUACAUGAUAUCUUCAAACAUUGGUGAAGUUGUUUGUAUUUUUGUGGCAGCUGUACUUGGAAUACCUGAAACUCUUGUUCCUGUCCAGCUGCUCUGGGUAAAUUUAGUUACUGAUGGAUUGCCUGCCACUGCUAUUGGUUUUAAUAAGCCAGACUGUGAUGUGAUGAAGGCUAAACCUCGUAAGGUUAAUGAAGCUGUUGUCAGUGGUUGGCUAUUCUUUCGUUAUCUAGUUAUUGGAGCUUAUGUUGGACUUGCCACCAUUGCGGGAUUCAUAUGGUGGUUUGUUUUUGCUGAUAGUGGGCCUAAAUUACCAUAUGUUGAAUUGAUGAAUUUUGACACUUGUUCAACAAGGGAUACAAGUUAUCCAUGUAGUAUAUUCAAUGAUCGGCACCCAUCAACUGUGUCAAUGACAGUGCUUGUUGUUGUCGAGAUGUUCAAUGCAUUGAAUAAUCUCAGUGAAAAUCAAUCUCUCCUUGUUAUCCCGCCCUGGAGUAAUCUGUGGCUUGUUGGUUCAAUUGUACUGACCAUGCUCCUUCAUAUUCUUAUCUUGUACGUGCGACCUUUGUCUAUUCUUUUUUCCGUGACGCCAUUGUCUUGGGCUGAGUGGACUGUUGUUUUGUAUCUUUCAUUUCCUGUUAUUAUAAUUGACGAGAUAUUGAAGUUCUUCUCAAGAAAUACAAAUGGAGCACGGUUCAAGUUUAGAGUGAGAAGAGCUGAUAUACUUCCAAAGACAGAAUUACAUAAUAAAUGACAAGUGGAAUACGUACCAAAUUUGGCGCGACGUUCAGGUUGGCCUACUAACCUACAGUUUGUUGUGAAACACCAUUCAGUCAUGUUUCUCUCUUCUGCUUUCAUCUGCAUUGUGCCGAGGAACUACCCAAGAUGUUUCCAAUACAACCGCACAGACUAUUCCAGUCUGCUGUGAGUUUUAUUCUCAUUCACUGAUGCCAAUUGGCUUUAUAUGUUGUAAGAAAUAGAAAAAGGACAAAAUUGCGAGUAUCAUCGGAUCUCAUAGACUACUUUUCUCAAAAUGCUGUUUGACAAUAAUUUAUAGAAUUUAAGGGGUUUUGGUUUGGCAUAGAACAAGUACUGCUCACAACUGCCUUCUUGUAUACAAUUUGCCCUCAAAAUACAUAGUCCUGAAGUUACGUUGAAACAAACAUUGUUCAGAUUGAUUUUUUAAGUAGUUGAAUCUUUGUCCAUGACGACUCAAA